AGCUGCAAAGCUGCGAUCUGUCAGUGCGUUUAAGGGGAACCGGGACUAGUUGCCGCAGUGUAGCAAAGUGAGCUUCCCCUUAAGCAGGAAUAUCAAAGUGACAGAGGUCAGGGAAGUUUGUGUGCAAAUUUGUGCCAACCAACCCCGUGGAUGUGCAAAUAUUUGCGAAAUAGUUCGCGCUUAGUAGCUGUGACUAGUGGGGGGGCAGUUUAAGCAGCUAGUUGAAAGUGUGUAAAUUGUUUAAUGUGCGGCGAUGAGCAGACGCAGAAAAAAGAGACGGAAAAAAGUUUAGUUUUGUGAUAGUGCAAGGAUGAUGAUGGGUGAAAUAUGAUAGCCACGAUUAAGUAGAGUGAGGAAGCAACAAUUAGAAAAGUAACGAAAAAGUAAGAGAAGCAAAGUGAAACAAGUUAAAAGGAAGAGAGUGAAAGAUUGAAAAGUGUAAAACAAAAAAAAAACAGCUGAAUAAACCAAAGCAAGCCAUGCGGAGCGUGUAUCGGCAAGUGAGCCAACGCGACGACGAUGCCACGCCGGAAUCGCGCGUGUUCGAUCUGAGCGACUUCCAGGACGUGGUUCCCACCCCGGCGGAACCGGACCCCGAUCCGAAUCGACCCGCUCGGCUGUCCACGGCCCGUCCCCUCCUGACCUCGACCGGCAGCUGCGAGUACUUUGACCUGGGCGGCGACAUGGACGAACGGGACAGCAUCUACCUGGACGCGGUCUCGAUCGGGUCGGACGGGGCCAACGGCGGCCGCAAGUCGCUGUAUCUGUCCCGCCAGACGGUGUACCACUCGGCGGAGGAACUUCCCACGGAUGGGACGUUGGGGCGGACGCGUGCCAUCACGGAAUCGAUGCUGAACGAUUCGAGGGCGAACGGGGGAUUGGCGAAUCUGCCGUACGAGGGACGGCCCACGAAUGGUGGCGGUGGGAUCCUGAAGCGACCCGGGCUGACCACCCAGUACCGGCCAGAGGUAGAAUACGGGAAUGAAGAGGAAGACGAAUCACUUUUGACCAAUAGCACCACCUCCACAAACACUAAUCAUGACCAUCAUCGUAAGCAUGAGCCCAGACAGAUAGUUACAUAUUCGCUGUGGAAAUCGAGGACAUGGAACCGCUUCCAGGACGGCAAGCGCGUCGUCGACUUUGUGCUCGCCUUCAACGGGCACCUCCAGAACGACGAAGAAGCCGACCGAAAGCGAAAAAUCUUCCAGGAAAAUCUGAUCCGCGAGGGGCUGGAAAUCGAACCGGAAACGACCCAGCGGAUUCACUUUAUCAAAAUCCACGUCCCGCCCGAGGUGGUCUCGCGGUACUGCGAGCACAUGAAGAUUAUGAUGCCGAUCGUGAAGCUGAAGGACCAGGAGAACAUCAUCACGGAGGAGUUUUCGAUUGGGGGGUCGUUGGUGCGGUUCUUCCGGCGGCCAAUGUUCCGCUUUGUGAUUAUCGAUCGGGACAAGUUCCGGAAGCGGGAGUACCGGCUGUUGCACGAGUACUCGAGGGAGAAGUGCUAUUUGUUUGAUGCGGAUGCGCCGGACUUUUUUACGCCGAGCAUUCGGAUUGCGGUGGCGCAUUUUAUUCUGGAGAGGGCGCGGUUCGGGUUGGAGGACGAGAAGUACGAUAUCGGGCUGAGGAAGCUGUUGAAUGAUCAGGUCUACCUCGACGCCUAUCCCCUGCACGACGGCAGCCCCGACCUCCCCGAGCUCGAGUGCCAGCGCACCCUCCUCCUCGAAGAGUGGGCCUCCGUCAUCCGGUGGAUCAAACACCAGCCGCUGGACCACAUCAAGGAGUAUUUCGGCGUUAAAAUCGCCAUGUACUUUGCCUGGCUCGGCUUCUACACCCACAUGCUGAUUUCCGCCUCGAUCGUGGGCCUCCUUUGCUUCUUCUACGGACUUCUCACCUUCCGGGAGAACCGCAUCAGCCAGGAGAUUUGCCAGGACAACACGACGGUGAUGUGUCCGACGUGCGACGCCAAGUGCGACUACUGGAUGCUGAACGACGCCUGCACGUACUCGCACAUUUCGCACAUUUUCGACAACAACUUCACGAUCGUGUUUGCCGUUUUCAUGUCGAUUUGGGCCACCAUGUACCUGGAGCUGUGGAAGCGCUACUCGUCCGACAUUCAGCACCGGUGGGGCGUCACGGACUAUUGUUUGCUGGCGGAGCCGCCCCGGCCGCAGUAUCUGGCCCGGCUCAAGGACACCAAGAAGACGUUUUUCAACAUUGUGACCGGGGCGCAGGAGCCGUCGCCGCCGUUUUGGACCAAAAAACUGCCCAGCAUGCUGUACAGCUACUCCAUCAUUUCGCUGUUUAUCGUCCUCGCCCUGUCCGCCGUCUUCGGCAUCGUCAUCUACCGCAUGUCCCUGAUGACGACGCGCAACAUCUACGGCAAUCCGGACGACGCCACCACCAAGCUGCUCCUCUUCUCCGGCACGACCGCCGUCAUCAAUCUGAUGGUGUCAACUGUUCUCAACUACGCGUACGAUUACGUCGCCGUUUACAUGACCGACAUCGAGUACCGGCGGACCCAGUCCGAGUACAACGAGAGCUUGAACCUGAAGAUCUACCUGUUUCAGUUCAUCAACUACUACAGCUCGAUCUUUUACAUUGCGUUUAUUAAGGGCAAGUUCCCGGGCUAUCCGGCGAAAUAUAACCGGAUUUUGUCGUUCCGGCAGGAGGAGUGCAGCCAGGGCGGAUGUUUGGUCGAGUUGUGCAUCCAGCUGGCCAUCAUUAUGGUGGGCAAGCAGGUCAUUGCGCUGAUUUUGGAGAUUAUGUUGCCGUUUUGCUGGCAAAAGUUGAAGGAAUUUCGCAGCGUGCUUGGGCUGGCGACGGAGGACGCGGACAACAAGGGACCCGGCGGGGAGCAGCUGAUUUGCUGCAACCAGUGGACCAAGGACUUUAAUCUGCUCAGCUGGCACGAUCGGAGUCUGUUCGAGGAGUAUCUUAAGAUGAUCAUCCAGUACGGCUUCAUCACGAUCUUUGUGGUGGCGUUUCCGCUGGGGCCGUUGUUUGCGCUGCUGAACAACGUGUUUGAGACGCGGCUGGACGCGAAAAAGUUCCUGCUGUACUAUAAGCGGUCGGUGCCGCGGCGGGUGCGCGACAUCGGCAUCUGGUACAACGUGAUGCACGUGCUCGGCAAGAUUGCGGUCAUCUCGAGUGCCUUCAUCAUCGCCUUCUCGUCGGACUUUAUCCCGCGGCUGUACUACAAGUACCUGCUCAACGAGGACCGCACCGAGGCCGGCUUCGUGCAGCACACGCUGGCCAUCUUCAACGUGAGCGACUUUGAAGAGGGCGCCGCACCGCGCUUCUCCAAGUUUACGAACGUCACCCAGUGCCGCUACCAGGAGUACCGUAAUCCUCCGGACCAUCCGGACCGCCCCUACAAACGUCCCCUCUUCUACUGGCACAUGUUGGCGCUUCGGUUGGCCUUCGUGGUGAUUUACCAGAACGUGGUCAGCUUCGUGCAGAUUGUGGUGGCGUGGGCCAUUCCGGACGUGCCGGGCCGGCUGCAGGACCAGAUCAAGCGCGAGCAGUACUUGAUGAACGAGUACAUCAUCAAGCAGGAGAAGCGGCUGACGGAUCGGCGGAAGGGGGGUGGAGGCGGGGUGGGGCGAAACGGGACGCUGACGCGGCAGCAGAGCAGUUUGGACGAUUACGGGACGGCGAGCUUGCUGGAGGAGGAGGAGGCGACGAUUCGGGUGGAGGAGGAAAAGUUUGGGGCGCCACCGAGGAGGAGGAAUGCCGGGGGAGGACAGACGACGGCGGACAUUAACGAGCGCUUUAAAGAGUGCGAAAUUGUCACGUCGAGGGUUUGAGGAGGAGCUCGACAAAAAGAACGAAACCAAAACCGUACUGAUAUGCCUUCUUUCUACAUUUUUAUGUUUUUUUCACUCUGUUGUUAAGAGGUGUUAGAGUUACUUUCUACUUUCAGUGUUAGGUUUAAAAGAUGUUCACUCUCACUCGAAAAAGAAUCAACGCAACAACCGAAAAGAAAUCAUAUUUAUUAACGUUUAACGUGGAGGUUAAGAACAAGAAAAAUGCCAACAAACGACUCUUUUUUAAGCAUGAAGAACAACUAGACAAAAACCAUCAAGCAUUGUUACACACUUUACACAAAAAAAAACAAGCACACACAAAAGAGAAGCAGAAAUUUCAUUCACACCGAAAACAAAUACACCUAUUUAU